AACUGUCGCUCACCUGGUGACUUAAAUCAUGGUCUUAAAAUCGGUAAUAACUACACGCACGGAAAAACAGUUCGAUACUCUUGUAACCUUGGGUACACACUUGAGGGCGAGGCUGAACUGACUUGUCUAGAUGGAAGAUGGAACACUGUCACUCCCAAGUGUAAAGGUAAGCCUUCAUUCUUGUUUUCCAAAAUAAAAGCUUGCGUUGAUUUUGGAGUUUAAGGUUGUUUUAUUUCCAGCUUUUCAAAUACGACGUGGGAAAUUUUGGUAAUGGCUGCAAAAUGAAUUAUAAAGUAAGCCCGCAACUGUGAACUGUUAAAAGAAUAAUUAACUUGCGUCCUGAUUCAAGUUGCACGCCAAAGCUUUACUUUAUACCAAGAAAUCUUCAUUCUUGUAUUACUUAAUCAUAUGUAAAAGACAAUGGUUAAAACUUAACGGCCCUGUAAUUAUUACGAUAGCUGUUGAGUGUGGUGAUCCUGGCAAACCAACAAAUGGAGAGCAGAUUGUCAGGAACGGCUACUUCUAUGGAGGAUCAGUCAAGUUUGUUUGUGACAAGAAUUACACUCUAGCGGGGACUGAUGUCAUAUAUUGUCAUGCUGAUAGGAGUUGGAGUUCCUCUGUUCCACGCUGCGCAGGUAAGUACCAUUUCGGGUAUGGAAAAAUAAAAGACAUUUAAGGGCUCUUGAAAGUAUAAAUAACAGUAAGAUUAUAUGGUCGUAGAAACAUCAUUUAUGAAAAUUAGAGGUAGAAAAUUUUAGCUGUUUACAAAUACGUAUUAAUACUAGUUGUUCGAACAACUUGGUGUGCUGAAUAAAAAUAAGAGAAACGCAAUUAAUUUAUUAUGAAAUUAGGGCUUAAAGAACAAACCAUUUGUUUACUCUUGACUAGUUUUUCUAGCAUGAAGAUUUUACUUUCUGUUUUAAUUAAAGCUAACUGUCGAUCCCCUGGUGAUAUAAACCACGGCCUUAAAAUCGGUAAGAACUACAUGCACGGAAAGACAGUUCGAUACUUUUGUAAUCCUGGGUACACACUUGAAGGCGAGGCUCAACUGACUUGUGAGGACGGAAGAUGGAACUCUGAUGCUCCCAAAUGCAAAGGUAACGAUCAGUGUUAA